AUGUCGGGUGUUGGCAGAUAUCUUAAGGAGAAGGAUCUUGAUAUUGGGGAGUUUGGUGGUGGUGGUGGUGGUGGUAAAGGGAUGAACGCAACAGGACCAGAUAAUGGAAAUCGGGGUUUGGACAAGGUCCGGUUGUUGUUUGACAAAUACAGAUUAUUGUCCUCCUCUUUGAUGGAUAAUGAGGUUAAUGCACCAAGAUGGGACAUAAGUGCUCACUCACCCGUAAUUGAACAAGUAAUAUCGGAAUUCAAGUUUAAAUUGAAAUAUGGAGGCUUCUUUCGGUUAGCUAGGAACUCAUGUAGGCAAGUGUAUUGCUUUGGAUCUACAAAGUGUCUCUAUAUAGACACAUUUUCAUACGACUUAAAUCAUCUAGUUGAAGAGGUGAAAAGCCACUAUCCGUCACAAAGCGAUAUUGUUUUGUCAAUAGUAUUUGUUGACAAAUAUGCAAAAGAGCAAUGCUUUAUUGAACUUGAUAAUGAUAAGACCUUCAUGGUGAUGCUAAACAUGUAUAAUGAGAAUAAAGAAGUAACAAUUUAUGCGACAACCGAAAAAUUAAGGUAUAACCCUAAACCAUUAAGUUGUCAAGAUAAAGUUAUUAAUGAGUCUGAUGAUGAAAAUGAGACAGACUCGGUUUGUCCAAGUCAAGAAAGCUAUCAUAGUCUUCAUAGUUCCGAUAAUGAAUAUGAGCUUUUAAAUUAUGGUGAAACUUAUGCAUAUAGUAAGAUGAAUCCAUUUAUGAAAGUGAAUUCUAAAUUCCCAAGUGUAAUUGCUUUUAGAAGAGCAUUAAAUCAUUAUGCACUAAUAAAUGAAUUUGAGUAUGUCAGUGAGAAAAGUGAUUUGACAAGACUUACAGCAUGUUGUGGAGAUAAAGAGUGCAAGUGGAGAAUUCAUGCUUCUCUUACACAAGAUGGGGUUACUUUUGAAGUAAAGAAAUUUGUAGAAAUUCAUUCUUGUACUCGAAGCAACAAGAGUGGUAACAAACAUGCCACUCAAGGAUGGAUUGUUGAUGUUGUCACCGACAAGUUGAAAUCUGAAGGCGAUGUCUCUCCUGCCGACCUAAAAAAGUGGCUUAUGCAUACCUACAAUGUUGAAGUACCAUAUAUGAGAGUCUUUAGAGGAAGAGAGCAAGCUUAUACUGAUAUGUAUGGCAAGUGGGAUGAUUCUUAUGUAAAUAUAUAUGAUUUCAAACAAGAACUUGAAAAGAGAAACCCAGGAAGUGUGGUGGAGAUUGAUUUGCAAAUAGUGGCAUGCUCUAGGGGGUUUCUUGCUGGUUGUCGUCCUUACAUUGCGCUUGAUGCUUGUCAUUUGAAAGGGAAAUUUAAUGGUGUGUUAGCCGCUGCCACAAGUAUUGACGGUAACAAUGGUAUGUUUCCAGUAGCCUAUGGUGUGCUUGAGGCAGAGAAUACAAAAUCAUGGACUUGGUUUCUCACGUCACUACAAAAAGCGAUUGGUACACCAAAUGGUCUUGUUAUCUCCUCUGACAUGCAAAAGGGGUUGGAAUUAGCUAUUACACAGGUUUAUCCUAAUAUUGAGCAUCGAGAAUGCAUAAGACAUUUAUGUAGCAACUUCAAGAAACAUUUUCGAGGUGACUUUUUCAUGAUCAAGUUAUGGGAGGCUGCAAAUACCUACUCUGUUAGUAAGCAUGAUAGAUUGUUAAAUGAAAUUGCUACUAAAUGUGCAGAUGCAAUUUCAUAUUUGAAUGAGAACCAUAAAAAGAUAUGGAGUAGAAGUAAGUUUGGCACACUUGUUAAGUGUGAUUACAUUACCAACAAUAUUUCAGAAAGUUUUAACUCUUGGGUAGGUGACAUACGUUAUAAACCGGUGCUUGAUCUCCUUGAUGCAAUUAGAGAAAAGCUUAUGGAACGAUUUGACAAGAAAAGGAAUAAGGUGAAAAAAUGGAAAGGACCAUUAGUUCCAAAAGCAAAGAAGUAUCUCAAAACAAUCACUAAGAACUUGGGUGAAUAUCAAGUUUGUAGAAGCAGUGAUAAUAAAGCAGAAGUGAAGUUCAAAGGAUAUCGUUGGGAUGUUGUAUUGGAUGAGAAAAAAUGUAGUUGUCGAAAAUGGCAAGUUACAGGCCUUCCAUGUGUGCAUGCAGCUGCUUUUAUUGCUUUCACAAGGGAGCCAAGUUGGGACAAAUAUGUUGAUACAUAUUUCACAGUCGACAAGUUUAAAGAAGCAUAUGCUUUAGAAAUUGGUCCGAUGCCCGGAAAAGAUCAAUGGGUGAAUAUAGAGACAGUCGAUAAGAUAUACCCUCCUAUUAUAAAACGACCGCCUGGACGACCUAAAAAGAAUAGAAUUAUACCACAUGAUGAGCCCAAGAAAAGACACAGAUGUCCCCGUUGUGGUUUAUAUGGACACCAUCAAAGGACUUACAAAAAUCCUGCGUCUCAACGUUUUGAUGAAGCAUCCUCUAGCAAGAGGAAAGAAUACAAAAGAUCAUGA